GGCAAAACCAGAAGUAGUUUGAAAGUCGCUUGACCAGAACAAGCUGAGUUCUCAUGAAGAGAAAAGUACGAUUUCUGACCGUGAAGAAGGAGAAAGUGUCCUAAAGAGGUUGUUCUGCUGUGCGAGAGUCGCUUCGUUAACAGUUAGUACCGAGCUGGAAGGGAAACGAGACACCGUAGACUGACGACCACGACCCCGAUGAACCUCCCCUCUCUGUGCACGCCAAGAAGCGACGGCCCCCGACUCGUUUUUCCGGGAUCCGUCCUCGCGGUUUUCCCGCCCUGUGGGUGUUCUGGAGCCAACUGCAUGCUGGGCCGUAGAUGCUGAGCUGAAGCCUCCCGAGAGGACCUCCUCCGUCCGUCUCGUCCCCGCACGGCGCUUCCUGCCCCUCCCUCCCCCCAAUGCCUCGAUGGAGAACCUUCCUCAGUCAGUACCUGCGAUGGUCCAACCCCGUCACCCAGGCUCUCGUCCUGUCCGCCGUCACCUUCUGCGUCGUCCUCCCCCUGUGCUGCCACCGGCUGCUGUACUCGUACUACUUCAUCCGCUCCGUGUACCUGGACUCCAUGAGCGAGGAGGUGCUGCGCGAGAGCCUCGACCGCGGCCAGGACGCGCUGCGCUUCUGGCGGAGCGCCUCCGCCGCGUCGGCGUGGCCCCCCGGAUUCGCCGACGCCGACGCCCUGCGUCCUGAGCUGCUGGUCACCGUGGUGACGUCCCGGCGCGACCAAGGGCGAGACUUCCACUACCUGCUGCAGGUGAUGCGCCGGCUGAGCGGCGCGCUGGGUGGCUGCGGGGAGCGGCGCUGCGCCGAGGUGCUGGUCUGCGACGUGGAAAGCGGCCCGCUGGAGAACCAGGACGCCCGGCUGCUGGAGGACCGCGUCAGGGUGUGGCGGUCCCCCGAGGAGCAGCGCCGGAACCGGGACGCGGUCAACACCUUCGAGAGGGAGAAGAGGGACUACGUCUUCUGCCUGCGCAAGAGGUGAGAGCUGGCGAGGCCUCGCAACGUGGUCGUCCUGGAGGACGACGCUCUGCCGAAGGAGGACUUCUUCCAGGUGGUGAGAGACCUGCUGUCGCGUCGGUUCUCCCUGGACACCCUCUACGUGAAGCUGUAUCACCCCGAGAGGCUGCAGCGCUACUGGAACCCCGAGCCGUACCGCAUCCUGGAGUGGGUGGGGCUCGGGCUGGUCGGAGCCACGGCCCUCCUCCUCGCCUUCUCCCGCUGGAACCCCCGCGGCUUCUCCUGCGCGCCGUCGGCCGGCCACCUCCUCUUCUUCACGGUGUACUUCAUGGCCGUCUCGGAGCUGCUGGGGCGGCACUACUUCCUGGAGGCGCGGAGGGUUUCCCCGCAGCUCUACGCCGUCUCGCCGGCCACGGAGUGCUGCACCCCCGCCAUGCUCUUCCCGGGCAACUCCUCGCUCCGGGUGGCCGAGUACCUGGACGGCUCCUUCUGCGCCAAGGGGAACGCCAAGGACACGGUGCUGUAUCGGUUGGCUCGGGCGACGCCCGGGGAGAAGUCUCACAGCGUGGAGCCCAACCUCAUCAGCCACAUCGGGGCCUAUUCCUCAGUCCGACCCAACCCGGCCCGGCCCAAGCUCCUCUGACUCGGUCUAAUCAGGUUCCUCCUCGCGUGGAUCUACUCUUCUUCUGCUUUCACGUCGAGCCGCCCAAUUUUGUAAAACUAAAAUUCAACAAAUAAAUCGAUUAGGUUUGAAUUUACUGUCGAUUUAACUAUCGAUUAUUAUCAAAAUGAUGUCUCUUUAACGAGCAACUAUGUGGAAAAUAAAUCAAGUUUACAUUUUGUUAGUGCAGCAACAGAUUAUUCAAAGCGCCAUCAGGAAUAAAAACAGAAUUACAUAAUAAAAUAUUCAAACAGAGUUGAUUGUAAGAUAUCGUGAGCGAUAAACAAUCCAGAUGUUUGUGUCGGCGUAUUCCCGAUAUCGGUACCAGUGGCCGCUUGUGUACGCAGGAUCUGUUUCAGUGGUGCUUUUCAGUUUUCUAUGUCCAUUCUGUUUCUAUUUGAAUCCAUGCAGCUGUCUUACGGAGUGAUUCAAGGAUUAUUUGGGGGGGAAGUUGAGUCAUUUUGUUUCUUUGGCCCUGUUUAGCUGGCUAACACCGCUAAUGUUAGCUUCAUAUAUUGGUCGAAACGCCUUCUUUUUCCACUCGUAAUAUCAGUCUAUGAAAAGGACAUCAGAUUCAUACGUCACUGCUUAUUUCAGACGGGGUGUUUGGAACGUCGUUGUCUGGAUGCUGGAUGCUGAACACCCAAAUGUCAGAGAAAUGAGGAUUGUGCUGCUAAAGGUUUGCGUAGCGUUUCCUCACCAGGAGAUUUACUAAAACCUCACACCGUCUAGUAAAACCCGACCAUUCUGUCUCACUGAAUGUGCCUUUAACGUUUGGGGCUUUGACCAUUAGCAGAGGUUUCACUCCACAGCCAAAUAUUACCCAUAAUUCACCUCUGGAGGAAAUGACCCUCAAGUUGAUUAUGUGCAAUAUUUAAAUGCAUUUAAUCAUGAAAUGAAUUGAACCUUGUAGGAAUUACAGGACGUAGCUGCCAAAGUAAAACCAAAUAGGCUCAUGAGUUCCCACUGCAGUAAACCACCAUAGAAACUAAUGGAAACCACACGAUGAAUGAUAAUGAGCGUGUACAAGAGUAUAAGGAAAGAUUUAUAUUAUAUAAAAAAAACACAUAUACAUAUGUUUGAUGGAAAAAUCUGUUGACUAAAAAAAACGUGAAAUUAUAUUUAUUAUACAUUUUGAUGAAAAUAAUCGGUUAAAUGAUCAGAGAAGCUCUACAUGAGAAUAUUUUUUUUUUUAGUUUAUCUGCAAAACUUUUUAUAUUACUGAUUAUAUAUACUUGAAGUUACAUUAAUUUCUAAAAUGAACUCUUAUUUGAGUUGUUUGAUUUAAGCUCUGUUGUGAGGGUGCUUCAUUCAUGGAACAUUUAUAUUGAGUGUUGAAUAAGUUCCUCUUGGAUGUGUUUUUCAUCCCAUUUUGUUUGCAUAUUAAUAACAUUUAUAAAAAAAUCGUUUUAUUUAUUUCUUUAUGACUUUUUGUCAAAUUAUUGGCCAAAAUGAUUUGACUGACGUGUGUUUCUGUUUACACUGAGACUCUUUGACUGUUUUCUAAAUUUAAAAACAAUAAAUCAAUACGUUUGGAGUCACUUUGUGGUUUUCCAGCAGCAACA